CAGAUCCGCAAGAAAACCAAAACGAACCUCCAUUGACAAAUUUUCAGUCAGAAAAUGAAAGCAGCAGCAACAACAAAGUCUGUCUGAGGAGGACUUCUGUUCUGUGUACUCAGAAUCAAUCAAUGGCUGCAAAUGGAGAGCCACCUUCUUCAUCAUCAUCGUCACCGUUCAAAUCAUCUUCUUCAACAGCUCCUCCACCUUCCCGGCCCACCAUAACUCUCCCGCCACGCCCCUUUCCCGAAGCCUUCUUCAACGGCGGCCCGGGCUCGGGGGGCAUGGGCGUGGGCUUCAGCCCUGGGCCCAUGACCCUUGUCUCUAACUUCUUCUCGGACUCUGACGACUUCAAGUCCUUCUCUCAGCUCCUCGCCGGGGCCAUGGCCUCCCCGGGGGCGAUUCCUCCCCCGAGGCUCAACUUUCAGCCGUCGGAGAUGACGAGUGCUGGAGAUAGUAGUUCCGGAGAUGGUGAUUUUCAGUUCAAGCUGAGCAGGGGGCACGGGCUUACGAUUGCGCCUCCACCUGCCAUGUUUGCACUGCCGACAGGGUUGAGCCCGGCGACUCUCCUUGAUUCUCCAGGAUUCGGGCUCUUCUCGCCUUCUCAGGGACCCUUUGGUAUGACACACCAGCAGGCCCUGGCACAAGUCACUGCCCAGGCUGCACAAGCUCAGUCCCAUCUGCAUGCUCAACCUGAAAACACGUCUUCUUUUUCAGCUGCAACAUCUUUGACACAAUUUUCUUCCUUCUGUGAAAAUCCACCCAAUCAGCAGCAGAUUGCACCUAUAGCGCCGGACUCUCGGGUCACAACGAAGGAGUCAUCUGACUUAUCUCAGUCUGAUCAGAGAUCCCAAACUUGUUCUGUUGCAGUUGAUAAGCCUGCAGAUGAUGGCUACAAUUGGCGUAAAUAUGGUCAGAAGCAGGUGAAAGGCAGCGAAUUUCCACGAAGUUAUUACAAAUGCACGUAUUCUAAUUGUCCUGUCAAGAAAAAGGUUGAGCGGUCUCUUGAUGGCCAAGUAACUGAAAUUAUCUACAAAGGGCAGCACAACCACGAACCUCCUCAACAUAACAAGCGAUCAAAGGAUUCUGGAAGCUUCAAUGGAAGUGCAAAUAAGCAGGGGGAUUCUGAAUUACCUUCCAAGUUCCAAAGUGAAAAUGUGAACAAAAUGAAUGAUGGGGUACCCACUUAUGUAAUGUCUGGCAAGGAUCAAGAAUCUAGCCAAGCUACGCCUGGACAUCAAUCUGGGACAAGUGACAGUGAGGAAGUGGAUGAUACUGAAACUGGUGCAAAUGAGAAUGAUAAAGAUGAGCCUGACCCGAAGAGACGAAACACAGAGGUCAGGAUUUCUUCUUCACAUAGAACUGUCACAGAACCUAGAAUCAUUGUUCAGACAACUAGUGAAGUAGAUCUGUUGGAUGAUGGCUACAGAUGGCGCAAGUAUGGGCAGAAAGUCGUCAAAGGCAAUCCUUAUCCAAGGAGCUAUUAUAAAUGCACAACACAAGGAUGCAAUGUCCGUAAGCACGUUGAGAGGGCUGCUUCGGACCCUAAAGCCGUCGUAACUACAUAUGAAGGCAAGCAUAUUCAUGAUGUACCUGCUGCAAAAUCUAGUAGCCACAACACGGCCAACAGUAAUGCAUAUCAGUUAAAACCACAAGACCAGGUACAAGAAAGGCGUGCCUUGUUUAAAAAAGCAGGUUCCACAAACGGUAACAAGCAACCUAUAGCACGUUUACGGUUAAAAGAAGAGCAAAUAACAUAGUGCCUUUUGAAUCUUGAACGUGAAGGCCAGAAAAUGAGCAGGACAUGAAAAGUCUGUAACAAACAUGCAGAAGCUCUUUUGAGAGGAAGUGUUGACCGACUCUUGGUUAAGUCUUAUCAUUUACAGUAGAGGGAAUUGUUUUGGUCAGGCCCUCUAUUGAAAUGCCACAAUAUGAAAGAAAGAAAGAAAGAAGACAAGGUGAGGAAAUGCUGUUUGGAUUAAAUAGAAAGCAAUACUGUAUUGUAAUCGCCAGAGUGUAUUGAAUUACGUUCCUUUUUGCAUUAUUCUUUUGUACAUGGAAUAAUUGAGCAAUGUUUGUUAAAUUGCUUUUAUAGUAAACUGGAUCUAAUUCCAGGCGCCUAUCCUCUCUUUUUCGGUUCCA